GGUCGGUGGUCGAGUAAAAUUUGCAGCUAAAUUUAUCAUCGUCCUCGGGUGCCGCGGGAAGAAAUCUAAUCCGAUUAGGCCCUUCCCGCUACCGGCCUUCGAACCAAUGUGAAUCGGUUUCCUGGCCGCACAAUGUCUUAUAACGUCGAUGAGAUGAGCUGGAUUGAUGUUCGGAAUCUGUUCCGAAAGUGGCGCGACGAUAAUGAGCGAAAGAGCGAGGACGUGAUGGAACUGUGGGACGGUGUGCUGGCCAGCAAACAGCAGAAGCUGGGCAACGAACGACACCUGGUGCUGGAACAGGUCAUUAUCGCUGCACUCGACUGCAAUCGCAUCGAAACGGCCGAACACUGCGUCAGCAUUCUGUCGGCCGAGUUUCCCGGCAGUCUGCGCAUCCAGAAGUACCGUUCGAUGCUUCUGGAAGCGCUGGGACGCUACGAAGACGCUUUGGACGAGCUGGAAACGAUCAUCCGGAAAGACGAGACGAAUGCGGCGCCCCGAAAGCGCAAGGUGGCCAUACUGAAAACGCAGGGUCGCACGGCCGAAGCUAUAAAGGAGCUGUGCGAUUACAUGAAGAUUUUCAUGUCCGACCAGGAAGGCUGGCAUGAGCUGUGCAAUCUCUAUCUGGCCGAGGGUGAGUACGCAAAGGCCGCAUUCUGCAUGGAAGAACUGCUGCUCCACAACCCGCACAGUCACCUGAUUCAUCAAAGGUUGGCCGACAUCCGGUACACUAUGGGAGGGCUUGACAAUAUCGAGACGGCGAAAACACACUACUGCAAGGCCGCAAAGCUCAACGUUAACAACCUUCGCGCAUUGUACGGAUUGUUUUUGUGCGCGGGUCACAUAAUGAACUCGAAGGCGGUCGUCGGAAAGCGAAAGGAAGCCCAAAAGCUGGCCCACUGGGCCAUGGAGCAGAUACAGGCACGAACGAAUGUGCCGGCAAAAGACACCAAAGCUACGGACGGGAGUAAAGUGGGGAAAAGUCAGCUCGACAAGUCCACCGAUGAGCUGGCGGCGCUGGAGCAAGCCUUUGGCGGGCUGGACGUCGGAAAGCUAACCAAUUGACAGACCUGGCGGCAUCAUCAGAGACCUGUCGUUGCUGUUGGCCUCAGCGUUGUUUGAUGACCUGUUUGGCAAUUUUGUUCCCGUUUUAGUUCAAUAACUAGCACCCAGGUGGCACGGCGGAUCAGCGGCGUGUGUAGCGGCUUACGUUUCAUGCGAACAUCCAUUCCCUUGGGUUAGAUAAGUAUCGUGCGCGGUCUGAAACAGAUUUAACCAAUGGCGCAAAAAGAAAAGACAACGUCAUGCAGCUGCAUCUAGACGUGCAUUGGCCACAAUGCACUUUUUAGUUUAUCAUCACCACAAAUAAACGGCAGCCUUCGUCUGUGUUUAUAACUUCCUUUUUUUUUAGUAUCAAACAUUCAGUACAUUGAGGGUGAGCAGCGUUAAGGUGUACCAUUAAGGAGGAGGUGGUUAAU